GCGCGCAGCGGCGAUGCCGCAGGCGGGCUCCCGGGGCACGGCGCUGCUGGCCCUGUCGCUGGUGCUGGCAGGGUCCCUGGGCGGCGGGCAGCACUACGACUACUACGGCUGGCAGCCCGAGAGCCUGCCCCACGGGCGCUUCUACGGGCGGGAGCCGCAGUGCCUCGACAUCCCGCCCGACAUGCAGCUCUGCCGCGACGUGGGCUACAAGCGCAUGCGGCUGCCCAACCUGCUGGAGCACGACACCAUGGCCGAGGCCAAGCAGCAGGCUGGCAGCUGGGUGCCCCUGCUCGCCAAGCAGUGCCACACCGACACCCAGCUCUUCCUGUGCUCCCUCUUCGCCCCCGUCUGCCUUGACCGGCCCGUGUACCCCUGCCGCUCCCUCUGUGAGGUGGUGCGUGACUCCUGUGCCCCUGUCAUGGAGUCCUACGGCUUCCCCUGGCCUGAGAUGCUGCACUGUGGCAAGUUCCCCUCCGACCACGAGCUCUGCAUCGCCGUCCAGUUUGGGAACAGCAAAGCCACGCCGCCGCCAGUGUCCAAGAUCUGCACGCAGUGUGAGAUGGAGCACAAGGCGGAUGGCAUGAUGGAGCAGAUGUGCUCCAGUGACUUUGUGGUGAAGAUGCGCAUCAGGGAGGUGACGGAGGAGAACGGGGAGCGGCGCCUGGUGGCUGCCCAGAAGAAGAAGGUGCUGAAACUGGGCCCGCUGAAGCGCAAGGACACCAAGAAGAUGGUGCUGCACAUGAGGAACGCAGGUGCCUGUCCCUGCCCCCAGCUCGACAGCCUCAGUGGCAGCUUCCUGGUCAUGGGCCGCAAGGUGGGCGGGCGCCUGCUCCUCCUGGCCAUCUACCCCUGGCAGAAGCACAACAAGGAGAUGAAGUUUGCAGUCAAGUUCAUGUUCUCCUACCCUUGCCCGCUCUACCACCCCCUGCUCUACGGGGCUGGGCAGCACUAGGGCUUUUUGCCCACUCUGCCCUUUCCCAGAACUCCUGCACUGGCCCAACAUCCCACCCUGGCCUCCCUAGCUGCACCCCAGGACCUCAGCUCUGCUCACCUCAGCCCCUUGGUUGUGCCCCAGAGCCCAGCUCUGCACCUGCAGGAUUCCCUGCUGUAUUUAUGGGAGCCCCGAUCCACAGCCAGGACACCUGCCUCCUCCCGAGAGCCCUGCUCUGCACCCCUGGGACCCUGUUCUGCUCCAAGGGCCCUCACCCCUGCCCAUGAGCUUAGUCUGGACCCAGGACCCUUGUUCUGCAUGCUUGUGAGCCCUGUUCUGUACUGGACAUCCUUGUCUACUCCCAGAUUCCCCACCCAGAAGCCCAGAGACCCUUGCUAUCAUUUAGGAUCCCUGCUUGGCCCUCUUGGCUACACCUGUGACCCCUGCCCUGCAGCCAUGUCCUGUGCCCAGCUCCCUCAUGAUAUGCCACAGACCCUCAGCCCCCAGUCCCUAUCCCAGCCCACCAACACAUCCCACACCCUCAGCUGGAGCUCACAUCCAGCCCUGGAUUAUCUCACCUUCCAGAGAUCCAGCCCAGCCCCUCUGUUCCCACAGACUGAGUCCCUCCAGACCGAGCACCCAGAGCUGCACAAACCCUUCCUGGGCUCCCCCACUCCCCGCACUGUGCUCAGUCUGUGAGGGGGGUGCACCUCCAAGUGCCCCAGACCAGCCCUGCUGCACCCCUCACCCCUUGCCCACCACCACCAGAGUAAAUUAUUCCAGCCCAGAGAAGUCUGUGUGCCACUCACUGCAGCUCAUGGGUAAGAGUCUCUUGGGGCUCCUUCAGGGACCCCAGAAGAAUGGGAGGGGGGUUCCAGUCCUGCCCAUGGAUUGAGGCAGCCUGAGCAAGGUCACCUCAGAUCUGGCUGAGCCCCACCCCAGGCGCUGAACCUGGGCAGUCCAGCCAAGCCAAGGGAUGUAGCUCCUCGUGGUCACAGGUAUCCCUGGAGACUCAGGCACCCCUGCCACUCCAGGGAGCCUGGGAGGGCAUUGAGAUGAGUAGGAUGGGGGGACAGAGCCAUCACUGCUGCUGGAGCCUCACAGCUGGGUUUGGCAGUGGUUUGCCAGGGAAGUUUUUUCCUUUGUCACCCCAGGGGAUAAAUCCAUGGUCUGGGAGCUCACAGCACUUGUGAGAAGCCUGGCACUGAGCAUCACAGUGGGCAGAUACUGCACCAGGCAGCCUCCAGCCCUGUCCUCCCCACCCCAUAUCAUCUGAAGUCCUCUCUGCAGCUCCCUGCCAGCCCUGCUUGGCUGCCAGACCUCUCAUGCCACAACCUCCAGCCUUUUCCAAAAUGAUUCCUCAGGCCACCCACCUGCACUAGCCAGGACCUUCCCAAAAGCCCAAGGAGCAGGGCAGCCCUCAGCCCAGCCCCUCUGAUGGCAGCAGGGGCUGUCCCUUAGCUCAGCUGCCCUCCCCAGUCCCAGCUGGCAAGGGGGCAGCUUGAGUGACCCAGAGGUGUUCCAGGUGUGCUUGUAUCCAGUCAUCCCAAGGGGUGAGGGGCCGAAGGUGCCUGCCAGGGCAUUUAUCCAGUGCCUGGCUGCCUGACACUCUUCUCUUGGGAGCUGGCCCAGCCUCAGGGAGCCUCCUGGGACAAGGACAUUGAGGCUGCAGGAUGUCUGCACCCCUCCUCUUCUGGCUGACAAGUGCACUGUGUGCCUGCCCUGCUCUGGGGUGACCUCUUCUCACUCUGCCCUCCUCGGGCAUGGCCUUGGCCCCACUGGUCACCCUCCAGAGCCCCAAAUCCCCCACUCUGGCAGGGAGAGGUGCCUGUGCCCCUGCCCCACAGCCAGCCAGGAACAUGGGCCAACCAGUCCCUGCCCCAGCCUCGCACCAGGAAUGGGCCCUGGGAAAAAAAAGGGCCCUCCCUGGCCACUGGGAAAAAAUUGGAAAAAAAUUCAAAUAUUAUUAGGUUUGUUCAGAGCUUGACUGCGGAGCACACUUACAUAGGAAUAAACACUGUCAAUUACAACAUUUUAUUGCAAAGCUUAAAAAGCAUAAAUAAAACCCCAUCUCCC